AUGUGUCCCUGGUUGUUGGUGUGCGUGGACACAAUUCGGUUGGGGAUGGUGAGGAAUCGAGGAAAGAUUUCAUACUCUCAACAGGUAGUCCUCGAAAGUCCGGUCGAAUUGAUCGUUAACGGGAAUCUCGGUGUGAGUGAGGUGGCCGUGUCAUGGAAGUACACAUCCGACUGUGUGGCAAGCAGAUUCAUUGUCACAGUGUACAACAGAACACUUAGCCCUAUCAUCGCGAACAUCGAAACUGCUGCGCAUCAAACCACAGUGACGGGCUUCCCGAUAUGUGUGCCUCUGGUUAUUGGCGUGCGGGGAUGCAAUGAUGUUGGGGACGGUGUGGAGGCGAGAAAGGAAUUUAGCAUCUCAAGAGAUUAUCCCAAAUAUUGGAACAGCUGCACAUCAAGCGCUUUGACGAACUUCUCGAUAGGUGUGUCGCUUGCUAUUGACGUGCGGGGACGCAAUGAUAUUGGGGAUGCCUCAGUCAACCGGCCUGCUCCACCGCAAAUUCUCUCACUGGAGGCCAAUAGGGGAAAGCGAAUUGCGACCGUGAGCUAG